AUGUCUUCAAUCUUUCUGUGUGUAGGUGCUCCAUGCGAGGUUCUGUCAAGCAGUAAAAAUACUAUCACAUGCAGAACAUCUCGAGAACCUGCCAAUAUAAAAGACAUGGAUUUGCACCCAGGUAUGAAAUAUGUAUUGCAGUUAUGUCAAUGAAAGAAGAAUCAUCUCUUCGACCUAAUUUCAGUUCUUGAUGCCCGAUUAUGAUUUCACUUUCGCCCCAUACCAAAAGAGUGCAUCAAACACUACAGUUUUUCUCCAAUAGUUCGGUUUCAUUCUGUAGUAACUUUGAAGCAAUAAAGGACGACCCUUAAUGGACCUCUAGGAAGAUCAGUUUAGAACUGACAGAUUUAUCUGGUGUAAGUAAAGUUAGUUUAGUCCAGGUUUCCUCCUGUAGUAAUACUGGAUCAAUAGGGAGUUUAAUCUUCACGUUUCUGGGCAACGGCAGGUUCAAACUUUCUUGGCAAAACUUUCGUUCAAAGUUUUCGUUUCAUAUUUUCUUUCUUGUGUCGAAAGAAUAAUCAUGCAUUGCAGUUUUAAACAACAAGUUCAUUUAUUCUUUAUUCCCUGAUACCGUAAAACGUUUCUUUGCCUGCCGUUUGCCGUUUGACGUAUAAACGAGAAGCUUAAACUCUCUAAUAAGGGAUGGCCUCUGAUGGACCCUCUAGGAAGAACAGUUUAAACCUGACAGAUUUAUCCAAAGUUAGUUUAGUUCAGGUUUCCUCCUAUACUAAUACUGAUUAUACUGGACCGAAAGGGAGCCUUAACGUAUUUGUAGGAAAAUAGUUUAGAAUUGACGCUACCCAGUAUAAAUACGCAUUUUAAUCUUACAAGACUCGCAAGACAAGAAAUCUUAUUUCUUUGCAAGGUGCAAGAGGCAUUGUUCGUGAAAUAUGGAAAGAUCAAAUAGCCUAUGAGCUAAGGAAUGUCGAUUCAACAUUCUCAUCCAAUACAUCUGGUUAUAUCCGUGAACAUUAUACAGAUUUCGCUUCUUCUCCCACAGUAGAGACUUUCGUCAAGGAUCAUGCAACAGACAAAUACACAUCAAGACUGAAAGGUUACUUUGUGCCACCAGCGACUGAUAGUUAUAGAUUUUAUGUACGGUCAGAUGACAAGAGCUUGGUGUAUUUGAGUAAUACCACAUCUCCUGCAAACAAGGUAAAACUUGCACUGAUUUUUCCGGUUUUCGAUUGUAGCAUCUGAGAAAUGAAAGCUCUAAAACCUAACUAAAAAUAUUUCAUUUUAGAGAGAGGUUGCUUCGGCUAAUGGAUAUACUGGCUCCUCGUGGUCAAAGUACGGAUCACAGAGAUCUGAAAUUCUCCAUCUGACUGGAGGAAAAGCAUACUACUUUGAAGUUCUUCAAUAUGAUCAUGGAGGUCUUCACUUUGUGAAUCUUGGCCUACACAAACAUACCACCAAGUUGACACAUGAUAAAGUUCCUAUGGCAGUCAAUGAAGUGCAGGAAGUCAAGUUGUCUACUACACGAGCAGAUGAGAAGCAGGUUUGUAGGUUUAAACUAAACUAACUUUAUUGAUACUAAAUAGCUCUAUCAAUUUUAAAUUGUUCUUCCUAGAGGUCCAGCAAGGAUCACAUCUUGUUGCUCAGCUCUAGUAUUACUACAGGAUGAAACCUAAACUAAAUUAACUUCAUUUAUACUGGAUAUUAGCUCUAUCAGUUCUAAACUGCUCCCCUUAGAGGUCCAGCAAGGGUCAUCUCUUAUUGAUCCAGUGUUACUACAGGAGGAAACCUAAACUAAACUAACUUUAUUUAUACUGGAUAGCUCUAUCAGUUCUAAACUGUUCUCCCUAGAGGUCCAGCAAGGGUAAUCUCUUAUUGAUCCAGUGUUACUACAGGAGAAAACCUAAACUAAAUUAACUUCAUUUAUACUGGAUAGCUCUAUCACUUCUAAACUGCUGAUCCCCUUAGAGGUCCGGCAAGGGUCAUCUCUUAUUGAUCCAGUGUUACUACAGGAGAAAACCUAAACUAAACUAACUUUAUUUAUACUGGAUAGCUCUAUCAGUUCUAAACUGUUCUCCCUAGAUGUCCAGCAAGGGUCAUCUCUUAUUGGUUCAAUGUUACUACAGGAGAAAACUUGAACUAAAUCAACUUUAUUUAUACUGGAUAGCUUUAACUUUAUUUAUACUGGAUAGUUUUAAACUGUUCUCUCUGAAAGUCCAGUUAGGGCCAUCCCGUAUUGAUCCAGUGUUACUACUGGAGGAAACCAGAAAACGUAAGGUGCUUGGUAUUGUACGAACCGAAAAGAAACAGGUUUGUGGGUGUGAUGUGUAAAAGGUUUGAUGUAAACGAAACUAGGCGUCAUUGUCUGUUCUUCACUCGGUUUCACAUCUCAAUCCACUUUUAGUCUAUUACCGUCGAAGAAUGGACAGAUGGACAUACAGGCCACGAAGAACAACUCGUUACAGUUCAACAAUGUCAAAUGGUAAACAACACCUGCAACCAAUCUCCAGACUUUAUGCUAAACUACGACGGCUACACCACAGAGAGCCUUUCCUCAGACAUAGCAGCAGCUGGCUUGCAAACAGCCUUGAACGGUUUGCCCUCAGUAAGCUCCGCCGGGUCUGUUACUGUCAGCCUGGAGUCUUCUGAUAGCACAGAAAGAAUGUACCGGGUCAAAUUCGUGUUUACUCAACCAGAGGCUACGGUCUUGUUGGAAGAUGCCGGGCAGUUUCGAGGUUUUGUCAGUGUCGUGUUGGGCAAGGCAGGAAUAAGGACCACGAAAGGUUUUAGUCUAAGUUUACAAGGUGUGAGAUCAAUGCCGAUUCACGCUGAUAACACACAAGAGGAGAUGACUGAAGUUUUAAAAGAUUUGAUCACAACUCAGUGUACUUAUUCAACACGUUUUGGUAAGUGCAUCAUUACAGUCUUUUGCGUAAUCUAACCUAAGCUAGACACAUCCACUAUUACCAGAGAAAGUACAUCAAAAUAGAUUUCGGGUACGACAGGAAAUCUUGAAUUAUCACACCAUGUUAAAUACCAUCAAUAUCCAUCAUACUACCCAAAUUGCAGCACCAAUUAUUUUCCCAGGAGUAUCUAACCAGGAUUUCUACGUUUCAGGGAAUGGAUAUUUCUACCACAGCUUCGAAGGCUCGUUGAGCUCAACGUCAGGUUCCCGAGUGGGAAACAUAGAACCGUACUGUGGUAGAAACGCGCUGUAUGAUCCUGAUAAAAUUUAUGAAGCUGGGAAAACAUAUAUCCGUGAUGGAGUCAAAGGACAACAAUUUGAUGUACAAACUUUCCCACAGGUAACAAUAGACUCACGAAAUGCACAUUUUCAGAUAACUUAAAUGCCUAUAGCUACCGCUGUUCUGAUAAUUUAGGCAUAUAAUGUUUGUGGUGUUACCCUGAGCGUGCAUCCACACCGGGCAAGCUGAAAAGUUUGCCUGACCACAGUGGGAAUCGAACCCGCAACCUUUGGGAUACUAGCCCAAUGCUCUGCCAACUGAGCUACGAGGUCAAGUCGGUUCGAGUUGAUGAUAUUUCGGAAUUCAGUCUAGUUCCUUCGAUAUCAAUGUAAUCUAUGAUAUGAUACUUUUUGUGUGUGUUGGUGUUAUUAACUCGAACCGACUUGACGGGCCUUGACCGCGUAGCUCAGUUGGUAUCCCAAAGGUCAUGGGUUCGAUUCCCACCGUGGCCAAGCAAAACGUUUCAGCUUGCCCGGUGUGGAUGCACACUCAGAGUAACACCACAAACAUCAUAUUCACCUGACCACAUAAUACCAACACACACAAAAAGUACUAAGCCUCAUCAAUGUUAGUUGAUUGCUUCUAUUCAUAAUUCUGGAUUCAUAAUACUGACAUGUCUAGCUGCCACUGUUCUGACAAUGUAAGCAUAGAAUGGAACGAAGGUAACCAAGCAUUGAAAUUAUAUAUGUGAUUGAACUGGAUAGCAACAGACCAUAAACCCGUUUUAGUUGAUUAGGUUCAAUUGUGAAUUUACCCGAUGGGCAUAUAUUAUACUAAAUCUUAACCCAUGGUUCAAUACAAACAACCUACGUAAAAUUUAAUCCAGACGGAUAUUAAUCCUCGCUCUGAUACAAUCAUACAAUCAUAUGUCAAUCUAUUAAGCUCUGCCUGGCCAUCAAAGGAGAUUUGGAAAGCGUCAAUCUUCGAUUUAACAUCAAAUACAAAGACAAGUCAGACGAUGAUGACACGAUGAAUAUUUACCAUAAAGUGGAGUCCUACACGCCACAUAUCUGGAAUCAUAUCUGUGUGAACAUGUAUGAUGUGGUGUCUGCUAACUCCGAGUUAUCCAAUGCACGCAAACCUGGCUCGUCUGUAUAUAUGAAGAUUAUAUCCAUUUCACGACCUCUCUACGUUGAUGAUAUCUGGAUUGGGAGAAUAUCGCUGACAGGUAUGACAUCUUUUUUCGCCUUAGUUGUUGCAAUAUUGCUGGCUCAACAACACUGGCACAACACGGUUAACAUCAUUUAACAUCCAGUGACCUGUCUUCGAUUUCUGAAUGAUGUAGUGACCUGAUUAUACAGUAACGUUCCCUCAAUUGCAUAUGAGGAGAGAGUUUCCAGUUUGACUCUGUCGAACACCACAGAUUUUGCUGGAUAUUUCGGUUUCUCCUGUAGUAACACUGGAUCAAUAAGAGAACCCUUAUUGGACCUCUAGGGAGAACAGUUUAGAACUGAUAGAAUUAUCCAUGUAGUAUAAUCAAGUUAGUUUAGUUUAGGUUUCCUCGUGUAGUAUAACACUGGAUCAAUAACAGACGAUGACUCUUACUGGACCUCUAGGAAGAACAGUUUGCUAGUCUAGAUCUGAUAGAACUAUAAACACAGUUAGUUUAGUGUAGAAGCAAAUUAACGGUUUUUCCUCUCUUCAAAGAAUAUAUUAGAUUUAUCGUGUGAAAUUAUUUGUUAUAGUGACUAAAAUGAGAAAGGCUGCAAAGCCGAACGGCCAUUGGAUAACAGAUAUGUCUGUCACAAAAACCUCAUCAAAAGAAUUCAGUGUCAGUAUGUCUCCUGCGAAAUGUGGCGAUAAUCUACCACUGUUCGCUGUUGUUGGCGCUCAGAGUAGUGGGAGCAAGGACGACAUGAAUUUCAACUUUACAGAGUUUAGUUCUGACAUAAGAAUACAGCGAGAACAAGCUGCUAGCCCACCUCUGACAGGAGCGUUUGAUCUUUCACAGUUGAACGAAACCGUUAAAGGUAAGAUGUGGUUUACAAGAACGGUUCUUAAAGCUAAGGGAAAGAUAUUUUCAAAUGUUGAGUUCUAAGUUAAGUAGUAGUUUUUAAUAAGGGACCGGAGUAGCACCGAAGAGAAAAGGAUUGGGUAAAGAAAGAGUUGAGUGAGUAAAAGAUUUGGGUGAGUAAAAGAUUGGGUAAAUGAAAAACAAAACAACUUAAGGGUUGGGUAAUAUAAAUUUAUUGUCAUUUCCAAAGCAUGACUCAUUCAAAUAUUGAAGACUAAAAAGCAAUGUCAACAGUCAUAUGUCAAUACAAUCAAUCAAUCAAUCAAUCAGAGCCAUUAUCUUGAUCAUUUUCCGACUUGCCACGAGGCAAAUGGUUUCUCCAAAGAAAGUACAUGUGCAGACAACACGAAACUUUAAACUGCAGGAAAUUGCACAAGCAGUUAUGAAACUCUUGUCACAGAAGCGGUGAAGGACAUGUGUGACAACUGAAUGGUAUCUUUUUGUAACGUUUUUGGCCAGUGGUGGGUAUUUUCUACUAAAUAUCAUUUUCGUUAUUUUCAGACAUUCCAUUGAACAGCACUGCAGAACAAUUCCAGAAGAUGCUUCAGGAAAAUUUCAACGUUGGCACAGUGGUGGUGACGAAAACUGAGCAAUGUUACUACUCCAAGUGGAAGGUGACAUGGACCAGCAAGCCUGGAAAACAACCGUUACUUCAUGUUAAUACAACCAAACUGUCUGGCAACAAAGUAACUUUCAAAAAUUCCGAAACUGAGGGCGGAUUGUUCUUUAAUAAAAUCCCGGGCGAAUUCUUGCGAAUGCCAACUGCGAAUCCUCAGGUAAAUGCACCAAAACAACACCUUUACGCACACAUUUUAGCCUUAAUAUUCCGGGCGGUUUUUAUGUAAGAAUUAGCCCGAUACCGCUCAGCAUAUUUGUGCAUUACUUCUUACUGAAUCAACAAGAGAAGUAGACAGUUAUCCAGUCAACUCAUCGAGCCCAACGCUUUCGGCUUCACGAGUGCAUUGUUAAAAAUGACAAACCAUUGGUAUCAAAAUAUGGAUGAAGGGUUAAUCAAUGGAGUUGUCUUUUUAGAUCUAAAAAAAGCAUUUGAUACCGUUGACCAUGGUAUUUUAUUAAAAAAAUUAUAUUUGUAUGGAGUGAGAGGAAGGGCGCAUGACUGGUUUAGGUCCUAUCUGUCUAAUCGUACCCAGUAUUGUCAAGUUAAUGGCAAACUGUCUGAACCACGAACAAUAAUUACUGGUAUUCCGCAGGGCUCAAUUCUUGGACCCUUACUCUUUCUUGUUUACAUAAAUGACUUGCCAAAUUGCUUAAAAAGUGCGGAUUGUGACAUGUUUGCUGAUGAUACUCAAUUAGGAACGGCAAAUAAGGAUGUCAAAGUAAUUUUUGAAACGUUAAAUGAUGACCUAGCAAAUAUUUCAGUUUGGAUGGCGGCCAACAAGCUGAGCCUGAACAAAAGCAAAACUGAAUAUAUGUUUAUUGGAUCACAUCAAAAACUUAAACAGUGUAACUCCGAAUUGCAAAUAAAAAUUGGAGAUACGCCUAUUCAACGAGUAACCGUUACUAAAUCACUGGGUAUGAUGGUAGAUGAGACCUUAACCUGGCAUUCUCAAACAGAUCUAAUUACAAAGAAAGUGAACAAGGGUCUUUACGUCCUUAGACGAUUAAGAGAUUUUGUUGAUGUAAGGACUCUAGUAACAGUUUACAAAACUUUAAUUCAACCACACUUUGAUUACUGCUCGCAAGUAUGGGGUUGUCUUGGAAUUACCCUUCAAAACCAGUUGCAACGUUACAAAAUAGAGCAGCACGUAUCAUUACAAAGCGUGGGUAUGAAUUUAGAUCAGUCGAUAUACUUAAAGAAUUAGAUAUACCUAAUUUAAGUCUCAGAAGAAAUAAUCAAUUAUGUACUACUAUGUAUCAGGUAAAUAAUAAUAUGGUGCCUGAUUACCUAAUUGAUUUAUUCACGAAAACCAGUACACUUCAUAAUCAUCAAACUAGGCAGGCUGAAUUUAACUUUGCACUCCCGAGGCCAAGUACCAACUUUUGUAAAAAAUCAUUCUCGUACAGAGGAGCUGUAGCUUGGAAUGAUUUAUUACCUAAUAUAAAAAAUAUGGGUUCAUUGUCAACCUUCAAAAGGGCUCUAGUGUCAAAUAGUCGUAAUAAUUCUUGAUAAUCAAUUUAUCUUUUUUCUAUUCUCUUCGAUUUUAUUGUAUUAACUUAAUAAAAUAUUUUUAUAAUUGCAUGUAAUUAUUCAUACAUAUAUAGCACGGCCUAUUGGAAGAUCACAUCUUGUAAAUAUUUUAGUUUUUGUCUUUUGUGAAAUAGUACCGUGGGUAAAUAAAGUUUGAUUGAUUGAUUGAUUGAUUAAAAUCGUCUGGCAUUAGACAAAAUAGUAAAGAAGACAGCACUUUACGGUUUAAUGUUUUAGAAACCAAGAAACGUACAUCGUUGACUCAAUUUUAUGCGUUGCCAUUUAGGUUGUCGUUACUGUCAACGACUUGGUCGCAAGUUGUCUAAGUGAAGAUUGCUCAUAUAGUUACUCCAGUGACAGAACACCCACCAUACAGAGUAUUUCACCAACCCAGGCAACGCCUGGGACAAUAGUCAACGUGACGGGCAUGGGAUUUAGCAGUAACUCGAGUCACGUGAUGGUAACUAUUGGCAACGUGAAGUGCAACGUCAGCUCGGCUUCCGAAACCCAAAUUACGUUCACGAUCGGUAAGAGGAACUGGUAUUUCAUAAUGAUAAUGUCGCUCUAAUGGUCCCUAGAAGCAGAGUAGUGAAUUGCAAUAGAGGCAGUUCAAAGGCCAUCCUGGCCGUGGCACCGAGAAUAAGAGAAAAUAGCCUGGGUACGAGGUUGCUCAAAGGCUUACUAGGACACCUCUAGGGUGGUUACCUAUUUAAGGUAUUUGGGGCUGAACUCCAGAUCUCACGGCUGAAUUUACAAAUCUCACGGCAUUUCUGGAAAAAAGAUUUUUAUUGAUCAAAUUCUACACCUUUGAAUGCAAUGAAUAAGAUUUAUGACUACACGUUUUCUCUUCCAAUUCUUCUUAAUCCGAUGAAAAAGGUAUGGGGAACAGAGGGCUAACAAAAAACUAGUGCAGGAAAUAGCAUAGAAAAUAUUUGGAUGGGACAUGCCAAUGAAUUGCAUGCUGAUCAUACUUCUCUCAUUCUGUGUAUAAUGGUCUCGGUGCUUAGAUAACCUCCAGUUUUUUAAUCAUCUGAAUUUUGCAGCUCUGGAGCCGGUAGUUCAAAGCUGGGUUAGUUUAACCCUUGGUUAACCUAAAAUUCGAAGCAAACUUCCUGACAGCUUGUCUAUAAAUUUGGAAAUAUUUCUUCAGUGAUCUUGUCUGGAUCGAUAGGAGUUUACUUCUCUGAAGUUUUGAAAUACACAGACGUACAGAAAUACACAAACUAAAACAGCAGGUUACAUUUUAACCCAGGGUUAGCAUUAACCCACCUUUGAACAACCGGCCCCAAGGGGCCGCUUUCCCUGCAGCCUACUUACAGUUUUCCAGCACAUCAGAGUAGGUUAGUUAUCUAUUUAAGAAACAGCACCCUACUGUCGAUCUACACUAUAGUAAGCUCAACUCAUAAUUCUCCCACAAUUGAACGUCUUUUCCAUUGCAGCUGACAAUGUUGAACCAGGAACUCAAUCCGUCAAUGUCAAUAUUUUCGGCAAAGGCGAUGCCGUUGUCGGCUCCGGUCAGAGCCGUCGCCGCAGAGCACUGGAUUCGAAUUUCAUAUCUGUUGAGAUGACUGUGACUGCAGUAGAACCGUCCAGCGGUGGUACUGCGGGAGGAACAACCCUGACUAUUACCGGUUCGGGUUUCGGUACCUCUGACUCCGAUCUCACUGUAAUGGUUGGCGGAGUGGAGUGCGAAGUGGAAUCGGUGAUGUCAACGGAGAUCGUAUGUAAAACUGGAGCUCACGCCAGCGGUACAGUUGAUAUCGAUGUAUCAGCAAAUAGUGUCAGUGCUACCUUAAAUCAGAUGUACACAUAUGAUUCAACACUGGACGCGAGAAUAACUGGAUUCAGCCCAACCACAGGCCCGGUAUACGGCGGGUCUGUUUUAACGAUCUCAGGAACUGGUUUCCCCGAUGUACUCUCAGAGAUUGAAGUUAUGAUCGGAGUUAAUGACUGUCAAAUACAGAACGCAACCGCCACUGAAAUAACAUGCAUACUGCCACGAAACCCUCCUGGGCAAGCGAAGGUCGUUGUGGACACCCAGAAGAAUGGCAGAGCAUCGUACAAUGGCCCUGAGACGAACUACACUUAUGUUUUAAGUGUCAGCGAUAUUUCCCCGAAACGAGGUUCGCUGAACGGUGGUACGGAGGUCACUAUUAGCGGGGAAGGUUUCCAUAGCAACAUGAGCGGAAAUGUCGUCAAGCUUGGGGAGAAGAGAUGCGUGGUUUUUGAGAGUACUUCGAGCGAGAUAAAAUGUCGGACCGAAAAUGGUGGCAGCAUUGUGGAAAUUGAUAAUUCUGGGUCUCAUCCAGGUAUUAUAAAGACUAUAGUCCUAUCAAAAUUUGAAUAAACUAUUCUUCCUUUGUCACCAGCGCUACUACAGGAGGGAACCUAAACAAAACAAUCUGGUAGCUCUAUCAAUUCUAAAUUAUUCUUAUUUUGAAAAUUUCUUCUAGAAUAUGGAAUUGGCUAUGAGUGGCAACCGGCUGUAGUUCAUAUAAAAGUUGGUGAUUCUGUCAAGGUAAAUACUGAUCCCUGCUGGAUAGCUCUAUCGAUUCUAGACUCUAUAGACUCUUUAUAUUCCCAGAAAGGACCAUCUAUCAUUGUUUCUGUUUAACUAAACCAACUGUAUUUAUACUGGAUAGCUUUAUCAGUUCCAAAAUGUUGUUACUUGAGAUCUGGGAAGGGUCGUUUCAUUACUUGUCCAGAUUUACUACAGGAGGAUACCGGAGAAAACUUGGUAGAAUGGCAACACUGUUGUCACAGGGGUGAGAGGAGCAUAUACUAACCACUAUGCCACCGAUCUCUUUUUCUAGUGGAGCUGGGCUGCUCCAGUUGCAGUCAAUUUAGAUUAUGGCGUCUUUCGAACAGCGGACGACCAAUCAUCUGUAUACGAUGGCGAAGGUUUCAAGAGUCCUCGAAGUUCUAGCGGAUCAUUUGUCCACCUGUUCACCAAGCCGGGCACUUACUACUUUUCAAGUGGUUAUAUUGAUGCCUAUGGCGCGAUUGACAUGAAAGGAAAAGUUGUGGUGGAAACAGCUGAAUCGAAAAUUGAAAAUGUUAAAGUGGAAGUUGACGGUGAGUUAUUUUCUCUUAAGUUUCAUCAAAUGGUAGUCAUAUUUCAUUCUUUUUAUGAUAUGUGCUAGAUUUGUACCUGAAGGCAGACCAAUAGAAUUGAGAGAUGCAGUAGCCUCCUCCGCAGGCCUCUCAAACUUUUUCCCACCACCCGAUUCCUCGGGUGAGAUGUCUGCGGAGGAGACUAGAGAUGCAGUGUAAUUCCUUCGCUCCAAUAUUUCCGACUACAUACAACUUACCAAAGUCCAUCAUAUAAAUAUAUGUUUCAAUUCAAUAAAGAGAACUAUGAUACAGUAGAACAUAACCCCUCAUUCUUACAUUCCUACUAACCAACUGUCAAAUUUCAUUUUAUUUAGGUUUCCAAGCAAUGCACAACCUGUCUCAAAACUCUUCAGCACAAACGGAGGAAAGCGACUGCGAAAACCCAAUUACCACAAAAGACGACGUGCACUUUAGUUUCACUUUAUCAACCUGUGUCACCGCUAUGGUAACCGUGGUUACACCAAGCUCUGGCGUCAGCAGUGAGGUCAUCACUAUCGAGGGUAGCAAUUUCAGUACAACCAACGAAGAUAAUAUCGUCAUGUUUGGUAGCCAUGUUUGUACCGUGGCUAGUUCAACUUCAACUUCUAUUACUUGUACCAUGGAUCUGUCACAGAGUCCAGUGCCGUUUGAGCCGCUCACUGUUUCUGUGCUGGUCAAAGGCCUUGGUUACGCCAUUGUCGCACCAGCAGUCAACCAUACCACAACGUUUGAGUUAAUACCAUCCGCGGAAUCAUUUGCACCUAAACGAGGCUCGAUCGCGGGUGGAACCACAGUAGUUAUUACCGGUCAAGGAUUCGUUGAUGGUAUGUCAAUUAUGAUUGGUGGAGCCGGAUGUGACGUCACACAAGUGUCGUUUACUCAGAUUACAUGUACCACAUCAACAUCGGAAAUGGCGGAAAAACUGAACCAAACUGUCGUCCUUAGUUUGAUCAAGGAUAAUCAGGAACACACAGGGAUGUGCAAGGAUUCCGGUGGUUGUAUGUUUGAUUUCAUGGAUAAUCAAACAUCAGAGGUGACCAAUGUUCAGCCAGCCACAGUAAACUCACCCAACACUACUGUUACCCUGGAUGGGACCAAGGUAACGUAUUUUUCUUAGAUCUGCCUAGUUCAAGUUCAAACAUUGUUUUCUCGUGUUUGGAUAUCCCGGUGAAACACUCGCUCUCGUUGUUCAUAUAUUACUUCAAAACAUACCAAUUUACCAAUGCAAAAUUCCUACUGUAAUCACAGAAACUUUGAUAGUGUACACCAGGCUAAAAAUACAUGCACCUCAGAGUAGUAAAACAUAGUUUGCCAAAUUUACAAUUUUGAAAACCUACCAACAAGCGAAUUAAUACUUUUCGUUGUCUCAUUACAGUUCACAAGCGUGGUCUCAGACGUGAUGGUCACUGUUGGCAGCGAAACUUGUGUAGUGGCGACAGCAAGCGAUGUUCAAAUCACAUGUACUCUAGCCGGCCUUAUGGUAGGAAAUCACUCGGUGAUAGUCAACGUUAAAGGCGACAAGGGGAACGCCGUAUUCACAAGCUCCGACAUACAAGUCAUCACAAGCGAAGCAACUUUGACGAGCAUCUCACCAGAACAAGGCGGUGUUAACGGUGGACUUCUCUUGACUAUAAAUGGCAACGGAUUUGGGACACUCAAUUCAACCUCUGUAACAAUCGGCCAAGUACCAUGCGAAAUAACGGAUAUCACAACCUCUGUUAUACGAUGUAAAACAGGUAGCCAAGCAGAUGGGUCGUACUUGCUCUCAGUGGUCUCCGUCGGGGAAACAUUCCCGACGACAACCUUCGCAACGAAUAGCACAUCCACUCCAGUAGUUACUUCCGUAACACCAACCGAAGGAAAAGCUGGAGAGAGUGUUACUGUACAUGGAACUGAGUUCGCCACGGAUUUCUCCCAGAAUCAUGUGAAAAUCGGUAUGACUGACUGUCAAGUGACGGCAAGUACAGGGACGUCUAUUACAUGCACUCUACUGUCAAAAGCGGCAGGGACAUAUCCUGUGACUCUGCAUGUUGAUGGUAAGGGUCAUGCUACCUCCUCAACAGAGUUUACUUACCAACUUAACAUUGAUUCUGUUAACCCUAUUGAGAGUGGUUUUGGUGGGGGGAAACUUUUGACCAUAACAGGUUCUGGAUUUGAUGGUGCGGUCAAUGUUACCAUCUGUGGUAGCCAGUGUGAAAUAUCAAAGCUCCAUAAUGUUACAGACACAAUGAUACAGUGCGAAGUACCAGCAAAGUCCCAGUCUGCCCCAGGAGCUAACGAUGCGUGUGAUGUAGUUGUUGAAGUUACCAGCAUGAAUCCUGAUGGCACACCACAGACGGUCCAGAAGAUACAAUCAUCUGCAUAUACCUACAAAGAUGCUUUAACCUCCACCAUCACGAAUAUUUCACCAUCACGAGGCGGUACUGGUGGUGGUGUGGUGCUUACCAUUACUGGUACAGGUUUCAAUACCACACAGAGCCAGAAUAAAGUUACCAUUGAUGGUACCAUGUGUAUGGUGAUUUCUGCAACAGCCACAGAGAUACAAUGUAGGACCGGUCAACAUCACAGAACCAUCAAAACAAAGGUUCGGGUAGACGUUGGUUCAAAUGGUGCCGCAGUUCAAGCGAAUGCUGAUUUUUACUAUGUUGAUGUUUGGUCAUCCAUGUAUACUUGGGGUGGGCAAGACCCACCAGGAGAAGGAAGUUUUGUAGUAAUUAAUGAAGGGCAAACCAUGGUACUUGAUGUAGAUACACCAGUGUUGGCUUUCUUGUUGAUCAAAGGUGGAACCUUCAUGUUUGAUGAUGAAAAAGACAUCCAUCUUCAAAGUAAAUUUAUUUUGAUCACACAUGGUGGUUCGUUUAUGGUCGGAAGCGAAGAGGAACCUUUCCAACACAAGGCGACCAUUACAAUCCAUGGUCAUGUCAGAUCAAAGGAGAUCCCAGUAUACGGUGCGAAAAGUAUUGCACUCAGAGAAGGUUACCUCGGACUGCAUGGACAACAUGUGCUGCACACGUGGACAGUUAUCAUGGAAACUGUAAAUCCCGGGGAUACUAGCUUGAAGUUGAAAGAUGCUGUCACGUGGAAGGUAGGUGACAAGAUCGUGAUUGCUCCCACCGGGAAGAAUAUACGAGAACAUGAGGAGGUGACGAUUGUGGGAGUUCAACAAGCUGGAAAGGUCAUCCAAGUUUAUCCAGCAUUAAAAUACAGACAUAUCUCACUGGUACAGAACAUAGCAGGAAGAAUCAUCGAGACGCGGGCAGAGGUUGGAUUGCUCACGCGAAACGUAGUCAUACAAGGUUCGCAGCACGACCAAUGGAAGGGAACCAUCGAAGCAUGCCCGGAGAAUUUCGAACCUGGACAAUUCCAAACACAGACUUGCUUUUUGGGGAAGUUUGGUCAAGAACCGGCUAGCGACGAAUUCGGAGUGCAAAUCAUGAUCCACGCACCCCGGAAAAGUGCAGGAAUGGUGAAAGCCCAAUUCAACCAUGUUGAAGUACGUCAUGCAGGUCAAGCCUUCAGAAUUGGAAGAUAUCCAAUUCAUUUCCACGUGAGCGGAGAUGUUGACGGCUCCUAUGUGAAAGGCUGUAGUAUUCAUCAUUCAUUUAACCGCGCUGUUACGAUGCAUGGUAUAAACAAUCUGGUCGUGGAACGUAACGUGUUUUAUAAUGCACGAGGAAACGCUUUCUUCAUGGAAGACGGCAUAGAAACAGGGAACAUUAUUCAAUAUAAUCUUGGUAUUUUUGUGAUAUCGUCGACGUCAACUUUAAACGUGGACGUGACACCGGCGUCGUAUUGGGUGACGAAUGCGAAUAAUACAGUCCGUCACAACGUUGCCGCAGGCGGAAGUCAUUUUGGUUUCUGGUAUCAAAUGUUUGAACAUCCGGACGGACCGUCCUUCACGCCCGAUGUCUGUCCCCGAAAUGUGUUCAUGCAUGAAUUCAGGAACAACACUGCACACUCAUUUGGCAGAUACGGUUUAUGGGUGUUCCCAAUCUAUCAUCCAAAGACCGAAGGCAAAUGUAAAUCUAACAUUGCAGAACCAGCCGAGUUCCAUUCUUUGUUAGCUUACAACAAUAUGCGAGGGGCGGAAGGCGUACAAAUGGGCGCAGUACGGUUCGUAGAUUUUAUCAUGAUGGACAACGAUCUCGCUGGGAUUGAAUAUAUCGAUGCAAGCAGCGAUGCUGCCCCGUGGGGAGGGCCUAUGAUCAAAGACUCCUUGAUUGUCGGGCACAGUGAAGUAUCUGAAGGAUUGCCAAGAGAGAUCUCAACAAACAGGAACUGUACUGCCAGUGGACUAAUGCUACCGAAGAGUUCGAAACUGACCGUGUCCAACGUGACGUUGGUGAAUUUCGAUCGAGAUGAAUGUGUAGCGUUCGAGGCGUGCGCUCAUUGUAAGAUAUUCCAAGGAGGGUGGACUGUGAAGUUUGAGAAGAUAACGUUCAUUAAUUCACCGAGACGUUCAAGAUUCAAGUGGAAGCAUGAAGUUGUCUUUAAAGAUUUGGACGGCACAUUGACAGGUAAGGGGAAAUUUAAAACUGAAAACUCGAUCAUUUGUGGUUUAUAAGAAUCAUGAGUGAUCCACUAGGGGUGCUGAUGGGGCAAAGUGUUUCGUGCAUGUGCCUUUCAUCUCCAUGAGCAGAGUUUGAUUCCUGCAGUAUUUGUGGUUUGAUUUUGGUAGAUUUUGGUAUCUUGGUAGAUUUUCAAAACAACUCUAUAUUCUUACUUGCUGACCAUAGCCAGCCAUAGACCGUACGACUGUGUAUAAUAUCGUUAACUGUUUGUAAAACAAGCCAGGAAAUAGUAAAUUAACUCAACUUCUCCACUGCAACGGAAUACAGUUGUCUUUCUUUAGUAACAUCGUGGCGAGAACAGUUUAGAACAGAUAGAGCUACCCAGUAUAAAUAUAACUAUAAAAUUUAGUUUAGACUUCCUCCUGUGAUAGCUCAACCAAACUGUUAGGUUAGACUGGGACAAGAGAUAGCACUUCCCUGACCUCCGCGGGAGAACAGUUUAGACAAAACAUAUUAAGCAUGAACAAGAUAAGUUUAAUUUUCCAGUCUAUUUUCAAACCUAAAAUCUUUUCUUUAUUUUUGUCCACAGGCACAGUAGGAGGAAGUAUUGUCCCAACGAAUCCAAACCUUCCGCCAAGCGCUUGCUCUGCUUCUUCUGAAGAUAGUUUUGGAGCAGUCCCCGGUAGUACAUGCGACAGUACAGUCAACUUUAAAAGAUUCUCCUUUAACGAAGCGAGGCCCGAAUCACUGAUACCGUUGGAUGCGAUGUUCGAAAACGAACACGGUAUAGACGCAAUUCCGUGGAAAUUCAAAGGAAUCACACAUCCGAAGGGAUGGACAUGUAACCUCGUAGUUGGUUGCGAUUAUAAGAUGAGUUUCAGGAAUCUCACUCAAGUCACAAACAUCACCUACUCAGGUUCAUUCUACGAAUUCAAUACCACUGAUUAUGUUCGUAUUACUCACGUCUUGAAGCAAGAGCCCGAUUAUUUUGUUACAACUGGUCACCUUCAGAAUUUCUCAGAAAACGUGCCUCCCACAACAGGUUUUCACGGGGAAUGGGGCUUUGUGAAUGAAACGAAGGAGUUUACUUAUCUCGUCACUGGAAAGGAUAACACGCAGGAUGCAAAUAAUAAUCUUAACCAAAAGAGCAUCUCGCUUCGAGUAAGUAUAAAUACUAGUUAAAACAUGAGCGGCUGUGUUGUAUCGGAUAUACAAACUCAAGCCGAAGGCAACAAUGUAAAAUAAAUUAAUGAUAUUGAAGAGAAAAUUGAACUUAAAGUUUAUGUAAUCAGCAGGAUUUUGUAUCAGAUAUACAAAGAACCUUCACAACCUACCACAACAGGCUUAACUCAGCAGUCACGGGCAGCCCUCUAACCACCUCUAAUCUACCAACCGUAGUUCCCAAGCUUACGAUGUUUUUUCCCCUCAAUUUAGAUCUACCGCUGUUUCUUCCUCAAUUGCAUCGUACCCACUCCACCUCCGCCAACAGAAGGUCGUCCAGACAAUUUCCUGCGCUGGUCUCAAGAAGAAGACUGGAGUACUCAGGAGUCAGGUUAUGGUGGCUUUGGCGGAGUCUUGCCUAAGGAUGGUGAAAACGUAUUGAUUCGCUCUGAUUGGUGGAUGGUAGCUGAUACCCAGAUCCCCACGUUAAACCGUCUGAUAAUUCAUGGUGUGUUGGAGCUUGAGAAUGAAAGAGACCACGUGCUCAAUGCGUCUAUUAUAUUUAUUAUGGGAGACCAAGCAAGGUAACUAUAAACAACUGAACUAAACCAAACCAAACCAAACCAAACCCCAAACCUAACCCCAAACCCCAAACCAAACUAAACUAAACAAUUAAACUAUUGUUAAUCCUCUUUUAAGAUUCAUUAUCGGCUGGAAAGAUGACCCGCAUCCGGGCAACGUCCUCAUUUCCUUACAAGGAAAUUGGGACUCGCCAGAUAUGCCGCUGAACCACGGUCCUAAUGUGGGCUCAAAAGCUAUAGGUGUGUUUGGCUCUCUUGAAAUGCACGGUAUGUCACGGGACGUACAUUGGACCCGACUUAAUAAAACGGUUGAAAAAGAAGCCACUGUUCUGGAGCUCGAACACGUAGUUGGAGGAGACUGGAAACAAGGAGAUGAGAUCGUUAUUGCUUCAACAACAUUCGAAGCCAGACAAGCUGAGAGAGUGACUAUUGAUUCUGUUAGUGGAAACAAAGUUACUUUAAAAACAGGCUUGCAGUACAAACACACCAGCCAUUUGGAAAUCCUCCCUGAUGGACGGCAAUACAAAAUGGCGGCCGAGGUUGGUCUACUUACAAGGAAUAUCAAAAUCGAGGGAGCGGAUAAUCCUGAAGGUUCGAUCCCAACACAGGAUUUCGGAUGUAGGGUGAUUGUGAGUAAAACAAUGGCGAAUGGAAUUGAGUAUGUUGGCAAGGCGAAGAUUGAGAAUGUCGAGUUUAAACAUUGUGGACAGAAUGGUUGGACUGAUAGCUAUGAUCCAAGGUAAGACGUGGACCCAAGAGCUUCGUUUGCACUUGGUUGUGGCCCUCAGGACCAAAGCAAUCUCUACUGAUCGCAGAGAUACACUUCAGUAAACCCGCCAGGGUCGUUUUGGCUAAGUAACGUUUUCGGCAAAAAAUUACAAGACUGAAAACCUUUUCGUUUUAGAAUUAUUGUCUAUAUUAUUGAAGAAGCUACUUUUCUGCGUAUAUUCCUCCUGAUAACCUUCAAGCCAUGAACUAAUUUUUCAUCAAGCGAUUUGAAUCCAUUUGAAACCACAAGUUAUAAUGCCUUAAAGAAAUAGAACAAAAUACUGAGUACAUUUUCUUUCUCACAGAUACUCGCUGGCUUUCCUGGACGUCAAGACGACAACGACAAACGACUCCUACGUCAGAGGAAACUCUUUCAACUACAACUUCAACACGGCUUUAGGUGUUUUCACCACCAACAAUCUUCUGGUCGAAAACAACGUGAUUUACUUCACUUUGGGAGCUUCAAUGCGAAUUGAAGGAGAGAUGAAUCAGUUGAUUCAUAAUUUGGUGAUUUAUUCUGCGUCGUUGGCGACCUACAAAGGACGUGAAGAUAGAUUUGAUCCACACUGGCCUGGAGCAAUUGACACGGAAGAGGCGCAGAGUGUUGUACUCAUAGAUAACGCUGUUGGUAAGACAUCUUUUAAGAAUAUUGCGUAUGAGUACGCAAAAGAUUAUUCAAAAAUUUAACUACGUUUCAUCUCCAUUUUCUUUCUUCUGUUGUAAUUUUUAUCUACACAGUUCAUUCUCCAAUACUAAUAACAAGAAAAUCACCAUCAUUACCAAGAAAAUAACAAGAAAAUCACCACCAUCAUUACCAGAAAAUAACAAGAAAAUCACCAUCAUCAUUACCAUCAAUACCAAUACCAUCAUCACAAUUACUCUCGUUACCACCUCCUUCGUCACCACCAUUAGCUUCGCUCUUCUUUCUUUCUUUCUUUCUUUGCAUCUUCUCCUCUUUCUUCCAAACUGGUCCCAUUGAAACUAACCGACGUCCGCUCUUACCAUUAUUUCAACCUGUUACUUGUUUCUUUCCCAAGGUGGUAGUGAGCGUGUUGGUUAUCUCACAGACGGCGAGCCUUGCGAUGCUCCAGCGGAUUCCCCCAACAAAUGGCGUGGGAACACAGUCCACGGCGCACUCCAUGGCAUCACCAUCAUGUACAAACAAGGUGUACCACGUUGUGCGAAGAUUUCUGGCUUCACAGUAUGGAAGAACUUUGACUGGGGUCUAUUCUUCUUCACGAAAUCCCGCGUCAUCGUCUCAGACUCCGUGUUCGCAGAUAACACGAACUCUAUCAACCCUUUCGUGUACGCCCCGCCAGCACUCACUCAUGUCACCGCUGACAAGUUUGUUCACGUGCUCAACACGACGUUCAUUGGCCGAACUGCGAGCUGGGAUUGUGUUAUUGAUAGAGUGGCGCCAAAAGGAAGCGUAGUGAAUGCUCAACAGAGAGCUAAAAAAUCUCCUUCAGGUUCGAUUUUGAUUUUAACAUAUUAGCAUAAAUCCCGCUAUAGGAAUCUCGGUGCUAGCACUUUCCUAUUGUGAUCCUCCCAGAAAUUCGUACCCCAAUAUUCUGUCGCUGGUCCAACGCUCAUUCGACCUAACCAGAUCUUUCUCUUCUGUACAUAUCGUCCACGACAAACGUUAAUAGACAAUUUCCAUUAUGGACUAUUUUUUAUCUUGUCAAAAAUUUCACAAAAUUUGCAAACUUUGCAAGGCUAUAUUUUCCGCAUUUUACAACAUUUCGCGACCAAUCUUUGCAAUUUUACUCAUUUUAGUAUGCUCUUUCUAGCUGUGAUGAUUUAUUGGCAUCUCCUUGCCUAGUUUUAAAAUUAGUCUAUAAUGGGAAUUGUCUAUUCAUCAUGAAGAUUUCCUACACUUAAAUUUGAUAGCUUUCACUCCCGGUAGAGUGGCAAUCAAGAACCACAAGAUACGCUCGAAACAACAAGUUUUUUCUUCAUGUCUGCAGCGUGAAAGCGUAAUGGAGAAGUUUUUAAAAUUAUCUUAUUGUUCUCUCAUACAUCAUCUCUACUUUUCAGGCGGGCUGGUCGGUAUGAUGAUGACAGGUUUCAUGUCUGGCAAAGCUGGCGGACCGAAGAUGAGAUGGGAUGGACCACAUAACUACCCUGCUAUUUACGGCAUGACAAAGCUCAUUGGUGUUACAUUCGCACGGUUUGGUGAAGUAUGUGGCGCGCGUGAUGUAGCAAUUAUGACAAACCCCGUUAUUGGUGACAUCAUGCAUCCUUUUACCAUGGAAGGAGUGACGAAAUACAACGUGGACAAGGAAUCCUUACUCUUUUACACCGUGCCAACUUUGACGUAAGUUGUAUGUUGACAAUCAGCCGUCGUAUACUCUAACGGCAAGCUCGGUAAAAGCUAGCGCAAACAAAAGUUUUUAUAUUUAACUAUACUUUUUAUAUUUAACUAUAACUGCCGGCUGUAUAGUCACUUUGAAAUUAUGAUUACUAUUAUAUUAAUCAGAAACAACAGGAAUCGAACUCCAGUCGCACGGUUUACGAACUAACCAGUGUACAUCACCUAAUUUUUUUUCAAUUCUUAGAUGGGUUAAUCCCUCCGACUGCGUCGAUAUGGACUGUGAUGGACGGCGACAGCUAUUGAUAACUGACGUGGAUGGAAGUUUCUCUGAUGGAAAUGCUGGUGAUACGAUUAUCUCCAAGGCGGAGUACCAGUGGGGUGGAGACUCCAGCUUUGGAUUAGGUAAAUAACUUGAAUUGUUUGGUCAAAGAUUUUCCAAGAUUUUGCAUUAUAUAUGUUAUGUUUUCUUGUCUAAGAGAGGAUCAUUUUGUCAUAGAGUUAGAACGUAGUAGGUCCUCUAAAGAAAAGCAUUAAGUCGUCAGGAAUCGGGAAGAAUUUUUAAAUUCUUUAAAAAGAAAUUUAUUUAAUACUGAAGAAUACAAACAACAAUACCGAUAAUUUUGCUGUUAAAAAGAUCUUUCUCGUGAGAAAUGCGAUGAGGCGAAAAGAAGCGGCAAAAACCAAGCGAGAGCUAGACAAGUAGAAAACAAUUCACGACAAAAUCUUAGACUUACAUUGCUAUUUCAAUUAUCUUACACACACUUUAUUAUUGUCUUUUUAUUUACAAAAACCAGGUGACUACAGAAUUCCGAAGACAGCCGAAACAAAUCCAGAUGGAUCUCGUAUUGACAUCAGCACAUAUCUUCCAAACAAAGGAAUCAUCAGAGGCAAUAAUAAAUGCACUUGGGAUGGAGACUGGAAUGCUUAUCAAUGUUCAAAUAUAGAUCACCACAUGGCCAUUAUUGAAAGUUUAGAUCCAGAUACUGAGACAAGAAGAUUGUCACCAGUUGCUAUCUUAGGUAAGAAUAACUUUCCAUGUUAUCUAGAGGCUCGUAUGUUACCUACAGUUUUUGCAUGUCAGGUAUCUCAUGAGUCCCUUUUACCAAUAUUGGUCACCAGAUCACCUCAACACACAACCGAGCUGGUUCACCUGUGCCCUCUGGAACCUACAGGUUCUCCACUCCUUUAGGCAAACCGUAGGUAGGCUAGAGUCUCUGGACCAUUCGAGCACUUCCUUGCCCAAAAUUCGACUAUUAUAGCGCUUUUAAAACACCUCAAACACUCGGGUAAUGCCUAGUUUUGAACAAGUAUUUCCAAUCAUUAUAAAUUCUAUCCCGUGUAUAAUAUGUAACGGUUCUUUCAGAAAAACUAGGGGCAUUGGAAAACGAUAAAAAUCCUCAACCCGUAUAGCAAUAGCUGAGUGCUGAUUCGUACCUACUCGUCAAAGCUAUAAAAUUAUGAAUCAUGAGUACAUAUAUGUAUAAUCCUACCUCAGAAGGAUGAAUCUCUUUUUCCAGGCGACAGCUACAUUAACUUGUUGAACGGUCCUCAAGAUCAUGGCUGGUGUCUUGGCUACACUUGUCAGGAAAGGAUUUCAACUUUCUAUGCCAUUGUUGCCUCGCACAGAAAUUAUUCCGUUUACUUUACUAACACCAACCCACAGAAAAUGCGUCUUCAUCUUUUGGCUGAAAAAGAAAAAGUUGUACGGUUUGCAGUCUACUACAAGACGACACAACGAUUGGAUAUCUACAGAAAAGGUAUGCAACAUCAUCCUCAUCACCAUCAUCAUCAUCAUCAUCAUCAUCAUCAUCAUCAUCAUCAUCAUCAUCAUCAUCAUCACCAUCAUCAUCAUCAUCACCACCAUCAUCAUCAUCAUCAUCAUCACCACCAUCAUCAUCACCACCAUUUUGAAUAAUUUCAAAGAAGUUUUGAAACAUUUAAGUAAGCAAUUCAUUUCCUAUUUUAGGUCUUUAUAUUAAUCCAACGAACGCAAAGUUAUCAGGAGAAGAAUUCACUUUGAAACGCAAAAACCCUAACUUGCCAAACGAUCAGUACGAACCGAAACUGUCCAGCUUCAGUGGAGCAAAUUAUUGGGACAGAGACACAAACUUAUUGUAUGUUGUUGUUCGAGGUUCCGAGCCAAUUGAUAUACGAACAUCUCCAGUGAUACAGGUAAAAAUGUACUCAUAUGUUAUUGGUUAAGAGUGAAGGUAUCCAUUCAAUGGACCUUCUCGUCCAGGUGACACAUACCCCCUACUUUUCUGGACAGAGUUUCGAUUCCUAGAAUUUGUAAUUGUUUGUUUUAAAAUUGAUCUCAGUCGUAUGUGAGAGGAGUGUUUUCAGUUCGAGUCUACCCACAAUUGCUCUGAGAAAGAUAUCCAGUAUAAAUAAAGUUAGUUUAGUUUAGAUUUCCUCCUGUAGUAACACUGGAUUAAUAAGAGAUGAUCCUUACUGGACCUCUAGGAAGAACAGUUUGGAACUGAUAGAGAUAUCCAGUAUAAAUAAAGUUAGUUUAGUUUACAUUUCCUCCUGUAGUAACACUGGAUCAAUAAGAGAUGAUCCUUACUGGACCUCUAGGAAGAACAGUUUGGAACUGAUAGAGAUAUCCAGUAUAAAUAAAGUUAGUUUAGUUUAGAUUUCCUCCUGUAGUAACACUGGAUCAAUAAGAGAUGAUCCUUGCUGAACCUCCAGGAAGAACAGUCUAGAACUGAUAGAGCUAUUCAGUGUGAAUAAAGUUAUUUUAGUUUAGUAAAAUUAGUUUAAUGUAAUUCUCUUCCCUUGCUGGACCUCUAGGGAGCAGAACAGUAAAGGACCGAUUCUCAGAUUUAGCCCCGCUAUGCUUUUCACCAUUCUAGGUUAAACUUGGAGUGAAACCGAUCAGUAUAGACGAAUUCUUCGAAGAAAAUUUGGUAGAAAACCUUGCCGCUUUGUUGGGCAUUGAUAAGUCGAAGAUACGAGUGAUGAAUGUGAUUAGCGCAGGCGGAGCGAGGCGAAGAAGAGCCGUUGAUGACACGACGGUUGUGGUACUGGAGAUUGGUGACCCGCCUGCUGCGAAUAUUGAGUAUGACGAGGGAGAUAUCUAUGAUAACAGCACAGUGAGCAAUACUACCGAAGGAGUUUCAUCAAAUUAUACAGGUUGGUUAGCCAUACUCAAUGAGCACCAUAUAUAUCCGGACCGAGAACUCGAGUCUAAAAAGUGAAGCCAAGAUGGUGGAAAUGUUUCUCGUAGAAACAGUUUCUCUUGACCAUAUUGUAUUUUUGUUUCAGGUGUAUCAAACACAACUUCAUUUGAAGAAUUGGAGAGUCUCGCGAGUGAUCUUGUGAAUCAAGUUCAAACAGGAGGAAUUGAAGAAUCACUCAAUUUCUCUGUACAAUCAUUCGCUAUGUCAGAACCUGUCCCAGAGCCUGUGGAUCCUACCGGCGGAGUGAGAGCAACCAAUGAAACAGGUUUGUUCAUUUUCCCUUACUUUGAAGCCGGGUAUUUGCAGAACAGUGAUUAGUAUCGUUCACCCCUGUAACCGAAGUUGAACUCCUACAAUAUCUAGUUAUCUGUUUACAAUGUGGCUUCAGUCGCAUGUGAGAAGAGUACACAAACAAGAGAUGGCUCUUACGGGACCUCUAAAGAGAUAUGUGAGACUAGUAUGAAUAAAGUUAGUUUAGUUUUGGUUUCCUUCUGUAGUAACACUGGAUCAAUAAGAGAUGAUCCUUUCUGGACCUCUAGUAAGAACAAUUUAGAACGGAUAGAGCUAUCCAGUAUAAAUAAAGUUAGUUUAGUUUUGGUUUUCUCUUGUAGUAUUACCUCUAGGGAGUAGAAUUUAGAACGGGUACGUCUAUCCGUGAAAAUAAAGUUCAGUUUUAAGUUUUGACCGGUAUCGGCUAGGUAUAAAAGCCGUUAAAAUUCUUUCUUCUAUUUUUUCUAUGUAGUUCAAGACAACAACACCCUACGUUACGACGAAGCUAACCAAAUCAACGAUGAGGACCAAGAAACAGUCUACCAGAUUCCUAACCAACUUUCAAUCAUCGAGCAACCAUCGGGCGGGGACGAGGGUGCGAAAAUGUCCACACAACCUAAACUACGCUUGCGCGAUGCAAACAACGAUAUUGUGGAUAAUGUAGGUUAUGGCGAAAUCGGAGCAUGGGUUAUUAUGGCAACCAUACGCCAAGGCACGGGCCACCCUGACGCAAAUAUCACUGGAAACAGUACGGUGAAAUUCAGUAAAGGCUGGGCUAACUUUACAGAGCUAAGCAUCUCGCAUAGCGGUUCGGGGUACAUACUAGAUUUCAACAUUUCGCAACCAGAAUCAGCCAACUUCAAAGCAUCGUCUCAACCGUUUGAUAUAACUGAGAGACAAGUACAGUUCGUCAUAAGUCGACAACCAGGUGGCGGGGAUGAAGGGGUAGCUUUGGCUCAACAACCACAAAUCGAGGCGCGAGACUCUUCAAACAACGAAAUCGUGAACACAGGAUGGAGGGGAAGAAAAUGGUAUGCUAGUGCUACCUUAAUAGACCCAAACAACAAUGGUGCUGUGUUGGGAGGUGGUACUACAAUCGAAUUUAUGGACGGUGUGGCAACUUUCACUGACUUGAGUAUCGAUAUAUCGGGUUCUAACUACCAAAUGAGUAUUGAGACAAGCACCGACCCUGUUUCCAGUUAUACAGACACACUAACCACAGCCAAAUUUGAAAUCGCAUACAGUUCUGGACAUUUGAACACCGAUCCGACGUUUUCCGAAAGCUUCCCGACUGUGGCUUUACGAGAAGACUCUUCUGUUAAUACGUUGGUCACUCAAGCAAACGCUACUGAUUCGGAUCCAGGACUAAACGGGGUUCUAAGUUUCAAUAUAAGCUCUGGGGAUUCCCAAGGGUUGUUUAAGAUUGAUUCAACCACUGGUACAAUAAAAGUUGCAAAGUCGUUGGAUUUAGAGAUAACACAAGAGGCAAGCCAUGCAUUAACCAUCCAGGUUAAAGAUAAAGGAAAUCCAUCGAAGAGCGCUUCGCAACUGUUGAAUAUUCAGAUCAUCAGUAUUAACGAGUUUACACCAAGUGUGAGUGGUAAUAUAAAUCAAACUGUGAGAGAGGAUAGUGCUGUUUUGACCGUGGUAGGAAACGUGUUGGCUAGUGAUGGUGAUUUCGGAGAAGACGGUAGAUUGAGUUACUCCAUUGUAAGUGGAAAUGGUGAAGGAUGCUUUGGCAUUAAUGCAACAACAGGUACGAAAUUUUGUUGAAUUAAAAGCACUUGAUAAAUACUGGGAAAGAAUAUAAAUAGAUUAUCAGAAUGUCGGUUAAGAUAUUUUGUUAUUUGGAAGAGGUGAUGGAAUAGAUGAAUAUAUGUUUAAAAUAUAUCCGAUGCAUUCGCGACGUUCAUUAAUUCAAUGAAUCCCAAGGGCAUCUAAUGUUCUUAAAUAUGGAUUUGAACCGCAUUGUAUUUCUACCAGAUUUUAGCAGAAGAUUGCCCAGUUAUCGAUAAUGUAGGCUAUAGGAUCACAUUGCUUUUUUCACCUUUCAAAACAGCAUUCAUAUUUUUUACAUAUUUUUAUGCAAACAUGAACCGGUUUGAAUUUGACAAACUAACAAAAAUGUCCACAACAUUUAGAUAAAGCAUUUGUUGAAUGUUCUUGGUAGUGCUAGGUUAACAAUUUAAGACGAGGCUUUACUAUGAGUUUACAGCCAUCAACCUUGCUACUUUGUUGUAUAAUACAGGUGUCGUCUUCUUGGUGAAAAAGCUAGACUACAUCAUUACCAGAGAUUAUGACCUUGGGGUAAAAAUCGAGGACAACGCUCCAUCUGACCAGCGGCGAUCUCUGAUAGUGACCGUCCAUGUUGACGUCACGUUCCAUCCACGUAACACACAAGACCCGGAAGUAAAGAAAGUCAUCGAGCUCACGUUCCCGGAUGUAGACUACGACACGGUGAUACUUGGGAACGAGGCUAGCUUCAUCAAUGCAUUGAACAACACCCUGGUGUCGGAUCAUCCGGAGGUUAUUUUUGUUCAUUUCGAGUUGCGUGAAGGAAGCGUAAUUGCGACAUUUGAUAUGAUCACAUCAUCGUCGAAUGUUACAAAUGUCGUGAACCAGUUAGCCAAUCAAGUCACAUCUAACCAAGGACUGACGGUGAGUUUCAAUGGCGAGGCUUAUUCGAGCAAUAAAAUGAAAGCUGAUGACGAAACAUAUCAAGCUGGUUCCGACAAAGAUGACGAUGAUUCCAUAGUGGUAAGUAAAAACUAUUGAUAGUUUCAAACACUAUUGUUAGUUUCAAUUUAUGUUAAUACAGAACAGUUUGUGCCAGUGUAGGUUGUGGCAAUAAUAACAAAACUUCGGAUUAAUAGGGAUACAACUACCUGAAAAAUACAAGGAGAACUUCGACGUUUCGAGCGAAGGGUGACGAAGGUUGACGAAAUGUGACAUUCGUUAAGCCCAACCACUUAAUCACGAAAACGAGGCUCCCAUAUGGUCAAGGCUCACAUCCUCUUGCGCAUUAUGUUGAAACAUCAGCAAGUUACUAUGCUGUGUUUUGGGUCAGAAUUGCAAGAAAAAUAGUAAAAACGCUUCGGAAUUCGACCCCUAAUCCUUCCUCAGGAGCCUACCCACUUCUGUGACCCAAAUUACAACAAUUUAUUGUACAUUUAUACUUCAGGAAACCCACAUUUAUAAUAUCAUCAUCAUGAAUAAAUAAUUAUCUUCCAUCGUCUCUAGGUACCACUAGCAGUGGGAUCAAUCCUGGGCGCUUUAUUUAUAGUGGUGAUUGUGGCCAUCAUUAUUCUCGCUUGCAAUUCAAAGAAGCGUAAAUCAAGAGAUUCCGUGCGACGAACAUCCAUGAACCGAGGUUACGAACCGGAGUAUGAGAUGAAGAAUUGGUAUGGUCAUGGCUCCAGGCCUGGUACAGCCAUCAUUGUUGAACCACGCAAGAAGGAAACACGUCUGGGAUCAACUCUGAGCAUGGGUAAUCGCAGUAUUCAACCAAUGGUAUGUAGUCAGUUUGCUGCACUGAGCUCUAUAUAUCUAGAGCAAGAACUUCAGUCAUUCGGUCUAUGAGAAAAGUGAAGUCAAGAUGGCGGCCAUUGAUAUCCAAUAAACGUAAACAGUUUUAAUACCAUUUUCCCAGCUAAUUUCUAAUGGACCGUUUCGCUAAUAGACCUUUCCCCUUUUAAGUGAGAUUUUGAUCAAGACAAGUCUUGACAAAAAUUUCAUCACAGCUUGAAAGAGCAUCACAAAAUUAGUAAUAUUCCGAAGUUUCGUUGCGAAAUGUUGUAAAAUGCGGAUAAUAUAGCCUUGAGAAGUUUGCCGUUUUUCAGUCAUUUAGAUUACAAAUGGGAAAUUGAUAAUCAGAUGAUCAAAUUGAUUAUCAAUUUCCGUUUGUAAUGCAAAAUGACUGAAAAACGGCAAACUUCGCAAGGCUAUAUUAUCCGCAUUUUACAACAUUUCGCAACGAAACUUCGGAAUAUUACUAAUUUUGUGAUGCUCUUUCAAGCUGUGAUGAAAUUUUUGUCAAGACUUGUCUAGAUCUGCUUGGUAGGGAACACUGAAUGUGUAAUAGACAACUUGCAUGUUAGGCUAAUUUUUGAUUUAGGCAAAAAAAGCAAAUUCUCGUAAAGAGCUUAUUAAAAUCAAUAAAAUUGCAAAAUUUGGUUACGAAACGUUGUAAAAUACAGAAAACAUAGCCUUGCGAAGUUUGCAUAUUUUCAGUAUGUUUGUAUUACGUGCGGAAAUUGUUACCAUUUUUGAGCCGAAAAUGGUAACAAUUUCCGAACGUAAUACAAAUAUAUUGAAAAUAUGCAAACUUCGCAAGGCUAUAUUUUCUGUAUUUUACAACAUUUCGCAACCAAAUUUUGCAAUUUUACUAAUUUCAUUAUGUUCUUUUUAACCGUUGUGUUUAAUUCCCUUCUCUUUACUUAGAUUAAAAUUUAGUCUAACAUGCAAGUUGUCCUAGCCCAUUGAAUAAUUUAUGCAUAACUCGCUGGCGGAGGUAUACAAUCUUUGAAUGUCCUGCAUCAAUAAGCCCGUAUCUUCAUCAGUACUAAUAAUAUGCCAUGUGUUUGUCACUUUAGCCAGGCGGCCAACACCCCAGGCCACCAUCCCAUGCAAGCUCACAUCACGGCUCAAGACCAUCUACUGGAAUGUCACGUCAUAGUAACCAUAGCAACCCACAAACAGAUUGGACUCAAUUUGAGCUCCGACCUCAGUCCGGUCAGCCCCGAAGCUACCCGAACACGCCUUCGGGAAUCAUCGUGGAUAUGCCGGUCACUCCGAUCACUCUAGCCGGAGAGCCAAUGAACGAGAGACCACAAUCAAGAAGCAGUAUGAAACUGAAUCCUAUCUACGAUGGGUCGAAAGACGUCGCACCAGCUGGCUUUGUGAAUGAAUAUAGAGGUAAGAUGGGGGUAAUGUCAUUUUCUCUAAACUAGCCAAUUCUAGAACAAAAGACAUUUCAAUUAUCUAUAAAUAAUAUGCUUCUGGAAGAGGAUUCUAUUAAGCAUCUAGGAAUCCGCAUUGAUUCUCACUUGGAAAUCACAUAUACUGUAUAUUUCGAAAAAGAUUUAAAGAAGUAUUGGAAUACUUUGCAAUUACGUCACACUCCCAAUACUAAUACAAUUUGAAUUAUAUUAUUCAUUGAUAUAUCCGUAUCUUACACGACUUUACGACUUUGCACCCUUUGAACUUAUUACAAAAGAAAGCUGUGCGUUUAAUGACAUUCUCAAAUUUUAGGCUCCGUAAUUUUCUUUUGUAUUCCUGCUUGUACUAAUCUUGCUGGUAUGAGCCAAGCUUCAAGGUCCCAAAUAUUAAGCUAAACUUAAAAUCCAUUCCCCACAGGUGGUGGCUACCGUAAAAUGCAGGUGAACUUAGUGCGUCCCGAUCAAGGACGCCUGUUCCACAAACUCUGCGACAUGAACAUCAACAUGCAGUGGACAUUGAAGGAACUGAGAGAAAAACUGAACAGACAGUUCAAGACGUUGCCAGAUGUAAAAGGAAAACAUUUUGUUUUUGUUGAUAAUGAUUUCAACAACAUCGUGCCUUACAAAGAAGAAGAGUUGAGCGUAGCAAGGAUUUUCAAAGCUUAUAUUAAAGUCAAGAUCGUCCGUGGCACCGGUGAGUAAAAAGUGAUUUUCAGUGGAAACCUGAUUAAAAAAUAAAAUAAAACUAACAAAAGUGAAUAUAUGAAAAGUUAUAUAAUAUAAAGUUCUAGCGUAUCCUAUCAGUUCAGUAGAGUGUCCUAUGUUGAUGUUUCUUUAGUCUAGUUUUAAAAGUUUUAAUUUGACGUAUAUUCCGGAGUUCCACAUGCAGAUUGUGCCAGUCGUUGGCAGCAUUUAUGGUAGCUAAAUGCCUGCUUCCCCCAGUUCUUCUUGACGUGUUCAGUCCAUGUUUGCUGCAAUUGCAAGGCAAUCUCUGACAUAGAACCGUGUUACUUAAAGGCCCAUCUAAACUACACGACUAGUCGUAAACGUUUCUUAUCCUGGCGUAAAUGUCACAUUUCAAAUUUCGCCCUGAACUGAUGAACAGGAAUAGCAGUCGUCAAACGAGAACAAGACUUGCAUAAGAGCUGAUUAUAGCUGAAUGGAUAUUACCAACCAGUUCAAAGUCAGUGCGAAUUGAGAGACGAGAGUUGGUGAAACGCGAGCGAGAGUUUUAACUCUCAUCAACUCUCAUACCCUUUUGACCGGGCUAAACCAUUGUGGAGUCGACACUCCUAACUACUUUUUGUUUCUGUUCAGAUGCCUGGAUUCAUUUCUGUCCAUGUGGCAAGAUCGCUUCAAUCUGGUGCACAAAAUGUGCAUUACGUGGCUACUGCUCGCUGCCAUGUCGGGAGAAAGACGAGAAAUCCCACGAUGCAAUGUGUCAGCCAAAUUUGGACUUGUUGAGGCAAUCACUAACUGACAUUCAAAGCGCUUCUGUAUCGGACUAAAUGGUGGACUCAGUUGUUACUGCAGCCGGAAUGCAAACAUGUUUCUUCAAGGCUACGUUUACAUUGUAUCAGACAGCUUUCCGUAGCGACGUGAAAAAACAUCUACCCGAGAGAUGUUGUUUCGCUCAGCUUCUGAAAGUUGUACAUUCCGUAUCGGAUACGUGCAGGGCGCUUAUAUAUAUAUAUAAGCGCCCUGCAUGGAUAGGUGCUUUGUCGGGCCGCUAUGGAAAGCUAUCUAGUAUAGUGUAAACGUAGCCAAAGUUUGGCUGAUACAACGGCAAACGUCAAUGAAGACGUGACAUCAAUACAAUUUUACUCUAAAGCCGGUUUUCCACUUCGCCCGCAUCGUAGCGAAAUGUACUGGUGAGCAUGCGCAGAUUGAAAAGAGGUUUAUAAAUCCACGUACUUCCGGGUGUAUUCGCGUAUCAAAAUAAAAAGUUUGUCGCAAGUCAACUUUUUGGCGUACUACGGAAGUACUAACCAAUCAACAUUCACGAAAUUUUGAAAUUUAAAAACGUUUUUGAUACGUUUCGGUACGGUACGCUUGAAGUGGAAAACCGGCUUAAACGUAGCCAAAGUUUGGCUGAUACAACGGCAAACGUCAAUGAAGACGUGACGUCAAUACAAUUUUACUCAAAGACAAAGGCGACUAUAAAUUGUAUUCUCUUGAGCAUUCUAGUACGUCAUAAUUCUUCAAACUGCUACGUUGUUUACGUCAUUGAUACGGCUCAUAGUCACGCCAAAGAACGUUAAAAGUCGUGUGGGGUGGUUUUAUGUGAAUUCACUAUUGCUUUUUAAGGGUUGUUUGCCAAGAAAUAUGAGUAUUAUAGCAAGUGCUUACGUAAGUUUACUGUAAUGCAUACUUUGGGUCGCAUGCAAAAAUCUAAGUAAUUUUGUCUUCUGCCUUUGCCGUUGUCGGCUGCCAAACUCUCUAACAUACAGCACAAGUAGAAUAUUUAGCUUGCACAUACAAAGUUUAUUUGAUAUAACAAAAUUACACCGUGUUGUGGUCUCAAAGUAGACGAAGGACAACACGUUCUGAGGCCACUCUCCUCCGUACAGCUGUAUAAAUGAACACGAAAGCUAGCUUUGUAAUGAGCUAUACCCGGAAAAUGUAAGGCAUUCAGGUAAUUGGUGAACGCCCUCGGGGGAGGAAGGGAAGAAUGACAAAAAUCCACGUAUCUUUCAUUCAUCAUGCAAAUUUCCCGCGUGCCUCAUAAUUUGCGGGUAUAUAGCCCGCGUGUUUAACUAUAUAUAGCUAGCCUUCGUGUUUAACCAUUGUGUUUAACUAUAGUCCAUACGGCUCUGCGGAGGACAGUGUUCUGAGGCAACUAUAGGUGGAAUAGAAUAAAAAUAACAACUUAUUUCUUUAGAUUUGUUUUCCAAGGGUAAGGAAACUUGCAACUGUUUUGGCAGUUCUGCUUUAAACAUUAAAUUGCAAAAUUUCAAUUUAAGAAAGUCCUCUAAAGCCCACUUUAUACUAUUCACAAAGUACAUCGCAUAUUAGAACAAUAUACCACGGCUGGACUGUGCACAAUAUUAAUAUAGUAUAAGUACAUUUACCAAGUAUAUUAUUCUUAAUAUAUACCAACAAUAUUAUAUAUCCUAAUUAUAAUUAUACAUGUAUAUCCAUUGCUAUAUUUGUUAUCCUGAUUUUUAUUACCACUAUUGAAUUAGAAAUCUUUAAAAACCCAAGGGUACUUAAUGUGCAAAAAUCCCAAAUGUGAAAGUACGUCCUAUAAAUUUCAAAAUAUUUGGGGAGGACUUGACAUUUGAUUGUUAAUAUACUCCCAAACCCCUAACCUGCGAACGGGCAUGCUCUGGGUACGACAAGAAUUUUCAACCUCGUUCCCAGGGUCUUCUCUCUUGUAGAGCGCAGGAGGAAGAGUCUGGGAACGAGGUUGCACAGUCAGGCUUGCCUGCUAAAUUAGCAUAAACGUCGGUAUUUUUAACACUUAAUUUCUCAAAGAGGAUACAUGGUAUUAUAUUUAUAUUUUGUAAAACUGUUGGAGUCUGUCUUGAAGUAUUAGGGACAGGUCAUUAUUUAUGGUGGGGGGUGGCACCGAAGAGAAAUGUUUUUCGUGGCAAAAAUUUUGCUGACCCAACCAUUAAAAAAUCAAAAAUUUGAUUACCCAACCUCAAGUAUCAUUUAAAAAAUAAAUACCCACCCCUGGUCAACUAGGGAUCCAAGGAUAGUGUGAAGUUUCAAACUGCAAGAACUAUAUAGGGUCGCCGACAACCUAGAAAAGCUUGAUGGCUUACACUACGAAAUAAACAGUUACCAAAGGCAUUUCAUCUCAUUAUUUAUUGCUUUUAAUACGCUCGGCACACGAGUAGCGUGACGUUUGAAACAAGCCUAACACAUCAGAAACGUGCCUUGUGAAACUGAUGCAAUUCAUCUAUUUAUUGUGUCACCAACAACCAAAUUUUGCAUAUUGUAAAUUUCAUUUGCAUUUGCAGCUGUCGCUGAAAGCAUCCCCACGAGGCUACUGCUAUGCUAAAUUUAUCUAAUAAACUAUAAUUGAAAUAGCUGUAUAAGAUAUGUUAUGAAUAAUAAGCACUACGUCGUUACAUCAUUAAAAGACGCAUUUUAUCCUCAUCCGUUCCGUAUUUUAUCCGCAUAUCCGUUCCGUGAAUCCGCUCCAUCCGCUUCCGCAUUUUAACUUAAUUGUGACAUGUUUCACAAUAACAAGUUUCAUUGACCUUUGACUUUUCCCAGUGUGACGUGUGUCUAUUUUCAGCUUUUCGCAUGUGUUGAAUAUAAAUAUCACUUUAGAUUUCAAUAGCCAUCUAUUCUGUGAUGUAGCGGGGUAGCAAAUCUUCGAGUUAAGCCCCUCGAGUUAAGCCCUUCGAGUUAAGCCCCGACCACGCCCUUUCGAGUUAAGCCCCGACCACGCCCAAACCACGCCCAUUUCCGUCGAGGGCUUAGCUCGAAGUACAUAACUGGAGUUAGGUACUUCGAGUUAAGCCCUCUAGAAAAUAGGGGCUUAACUCGAGCAAAGUCAAACAUUUUGUUCUUCGAGUUAAGCCCCAACGUUUGAAAGAUGUAAACGAGUUGCGGUUAAUCUGAUCCCAAACAAACUAAAUUAUCAUUUGGAUCGCGUUUCGUUCAAUCACGGUUCAAUACGUUUUAUUUCAGCCGACGUAUUAUAUAUAUCAGGGACUUCAAGAUCGACGUUUACGGCAAACCGCAAACUGCAAACUUCAAAUCGUAAUUUGAAGUCAACUGUUGGCUGUUCGAAGUUUAUAGAGCAACUUGUGCAUAAAAAUUAACAAUUAUAAUUACAUCAGUAAUUAUAAUUAUAAGUGUUGUUUUAUGCUAAUUUUUUGCAUUUUCAAAAACAGUAGUUCAACGUUCAAACAUCAAAAGCGCAGUCAAUAUUACAUGUAAAUUUAAGUGCUAUAUAUCAAAGUCGAAGUUAGUCAUUUCUGAAUGCAUUAUCGCUUUUAUAGCUUUUACGUUACAUGAAAUCAAAUAGUGUCCAGUUUUUUGGGGGGACACCCGGUAUUUAAGGUAGAUUUGCAUUUCGCAACUUGUGGGGCGAUCGACAUUUUGCGACCGCUUUCCGUUUUGAAAUGUGUGUAGUCUAAUGAAAUCGUUCCAUAUAAUGAAGUCUUGAAUAGUUGUAAGAACCAUAAUCAAAAUCUAAGUUAGUUCAUUAUGAAUGCAAUGAUCUUUAUUUCAUUGCGAAUCUGCGAUAGCUUUUAUAGCUUUUACGUUACAUGAAAUCAAACAGAGUCCGGUGUUUGUUGGGACACCGGUAUACAAUUCGAUAAUGUUUCAAGAUUGACUUUUACGGCAGAAAGGGUCGAUCUUUAUUCCUUUAUUAGCUAAAAGUAGCUAAAUCAUACUCCAAUUUUUAUGCACAAGUUCUAACUUCGAGCAGCUAACAGUUGACUUCAAACUACGAUUUGAAGUUUGCGGUUAGCGGUUUGCCGUAAACGUCGAUCUUAAAGUCCCUAAUAUAUAUAAUACGUCGGCUGAAAUAAAACGUAUUGAACCGUGAUUGAACGAAACGCCAAAUGACAAUUUAAUUUGUUUGGGAUCAGAUUAACCGUAACUCGUUUACAUCUUUCAAACGUUAAGGCUUAACUCGAAGAACAAAAUGUUUG